AUGGAGAAUGAGCCAAAUGAUGAAGAUGAUGAUGGUGGAACGAUUAAGAAGACAAUCGUGGCUGUGAUGAAGCGACGAAGGAAGGGAGCAAUGGCUUAUAUGCUUGUUGGCUUGCAUUUGUUGAAGAAUAUUCUUGGGAUCACAAAUGAUUUGUCACAAGUCUUACAAAAAUGUGAUCAAGAUAUUGUGAAUGCCAUGGAUUUGGUUAAAAUAUGCAAGAAACAACUACAAAUGAUGAGAGACAAUGGCUGGGAUUCUUUAGUGGAAGAAGUUGCUAAUUCAUUUUCUGUUUUUGACAAGGGAAAGUUAAUCCGUCUUGCUCAGCUUUAUCCAUAUGAUUUUUCUACAUUGAAUUUAAAGGUACUAGAAUAUCAACUUCAAACCUAUAUUGAUAAUAUGCGCUCUCAUGUCAAGUUUUCAGAUUUGAAAGGGAUGGUUGAUCUUUCUAUGAAAUUAGUUGAGACAAGAAAGGAUGAGGUAUAUCCAUUAGUUUAUCUGCUUAUUAAAUUGGCAUUAAUGCUUUCAGUUGCAACAGCUUCAGUAGAAAGAGCAUUCUCUGCAAUGAACAUUGUGAAGUAUCAAAUGCGCAAAAAAAUGGGAGACAAGGGUUGA